CGUCUCCAGCGAGGGGUGCGGGCGACCCUUGGAUCCUCGCGGUGCCACCAACUCACGGGGGAGCCAGCCAGGUAGACAAGUGGACCAGGGAAAUGAUGCAGUGAGGCAGCCGAGCAGACCUGAGGAACUAUAUGAAGAAGCAGCAUCCUUGGGCACUGUCUUAGCCCUGGGACUGUGGCAGCGAGUGGCAGGGGAGCGUCAUCCUUCCUGCACACUCUACGCCUUCUGCAGCGUCGCUCGCACCGCCGCGGACUUUUCUGGCCAGACCCUUUCAGACCCUUCUCGAGGCGCCCCUCACGUCCACACCAAUACCAGCAACAGCGGUCACCCUCCCACCCACACACCCCGCCACACCCUGGGCGCCGUCACACAUUUCCUCAGCCGGGUGGUGGGUGCUCGUCUGCUGGUGGAGGGCGAGGCACCGGAAGGGGUUGAGGCUGGGGACAUCCUGGCCGCUCAGGAAGUUGGAAGUCUGUCAUUUCCUUGCUUAAAGAUCUAUCCUUGCGUCCACCCUCAUCCACGGCUCUGGUGGUGACCUGUAAGCCCUGGAAACUUGUCGAAGAAGUUUUAGCAACAACAUAGCAACUAGGUAGUAUACAAUCAUAAACACAAUGGCAGGGGCAGUACACACACCACUUGUCUUGUUCAUGUCGGUAGAGAUUAUAAUGUUAACAACCACUUGUGUGUUAGUGAGUGCCGGGUCCCACCCCACACUUAAACUGCUAGGGGAAACACAGCGGUCCCCUGGAGGUGAUGGAAAGGAUAGAAUACAUGGUUUGCAAGAUUCACUAACUUCUCAUGACGCGAGGAAGUCCCUGGUGUCUGAAGUAGGAACAAAUAAUGCCACAAGGGAAGGACUGAAGCCAAAAGGAGGCGUGGUGUGGCAGAAGCCUCGUGUUGGAGGUGCUGCUGCUUCGCUUGUACACGCUGGCAGAGACAAGGCCGAUGAUCACACGAGGGCACGGAGGAAUCAGGGUUGGUGGCCUUGGCUGCCUCAAAUCACCACCACCACCACUACAACAGAACUGCCGCCACUCAACCCUUUAGAGUUUGUGAAGCGACGCCGUCAACGUCUUAAGCUGAGCGACUCGGUCUCCAGCAAACGCAGGCGAAUGGAUUCUAAGACGAAGCCGACCCAAGGGGUGACUUUCCUGGUACCUGAAGAGGAGCCCGAGGAUCCCUGCCCUGCGAAGGGAAGCAUCGAAGUUUUCACACUCCUUAACUUCCUCCUCGCGUCCUCCAACAUGGCCAUCAACAUAGUCAACAACAUUAAUAACAACAACAACAAUAAUAAUAAUAACAACAAUAAUAACAACAAUAACAUGGACAACAUCAAUGUCAACAGCAACAACAAUAAUGCAAAUAACGUCAACAACAUCGAUCUUAAUCAGAUGGGACGGCGACGGAAAAGAGUAACUUCACAAAGACACUCUUUCACAGGAUCCAACUCCUCUUAUUCUGCCUUCCUUAACAACUACACCCUACCCUCUCCCCAUCCUUGCGUCGGCGUCACUCAUACAAGCCAAGCACAGGUGGCGCUGGUGCUGGCCGUCGACCUCGUCUUGGCGGUGCAGGAAGUACUGGUUGCCCAACCCUCUCUCACACGCUCUCACUCCUUCAAAAGUCUGAAAAGCCCUGCAGGCCCCAUAGAAGCCACACGAGUAGAGGAGAGCCCUGUGGCAUCUCCCAGCACUCAGACCAUUCAAGAGUUAGUGUGCGGCGCCUCCCAAGUGGCUUCCCUUAGUGGCUCUCUCGCCGCCGCUGUGUUCCUGGAGUUAAGGAGAGCGGUGUUGAGAUACCUACUGCCAGGCGCCUCACCUGCUCUACUGCACUAUCUGACCUCCUGCACCACCAUCACCACCAUGUGACUGACUAUGAACCUGCCAUGACUGCCUCUGAUUAGUCCUUCACCUCCACCACCACCACUAUCAUUCCCUCUCCACAAAGUCAAACAAUAAAAAGUAUAAUCUGG